GUGUCAGUCACGACGGCAUAUAAGGACAUACAUCCACUGACUGCCACCACUUCACACAGCUGUUGGGAGGCUUUGAAUCACACAGUACUGGCACCAUGUUUUCACCGCCGACGGUCGCUAGUGUAGGGGAGGUUGUGAAAGAUGAAGUGGAAAAGGGCGUUGGGGCAUUGAAAGAAGAAAAGGAUAAACUUUUGGCAGAAGGGAAAGAUUUAGAAAAGAAGAUGGGGGAAGAGAUAGAGGAGGCAAAGGAGGAAGCAAGUGAGUUAAAGGAAGAUAUAAAAGAAGCUAAGGAAGAAGUGGAAGAAGCGACGGAAGAGGUAAAAGAAGCGGGAGAAGAAAUCAAAGAAGAGGCGGCGGUAGAAGAGAAGAUAGCAGAGGAAAUCAAAGAAGAGGAAGCGGUAGAAGAGAAGAUAGCAGAAGAAAUCAAAGAAGAGGAGGCGGUAGAAGAGAAGAUAGCAGAGGAAAUCAAAGAAGAGGAGGCGGUAAAGGAGAAGAUAGCAGAAGAAAUCAAAGAAGAGGAGGCGGUAGAAGAGAAGAUAGCAGAAGAAAUCAAAGAAGAGGAGGCGGUAGAAGAGAAGAUAGCAGAAGAAAUCAAAGAAGAGGAGGCGGUAGAAGAGAAGGUAGCAGAAGAAAUCAAAGAAGAGGAGGCGGUAGAAGAGAAGGUAGCAGAGGAAAUCAAAGAAGAGGAGGCGGUAGAAGAGAAGGUAGCAGAGGAAAUCAGAAAAGAAGAGUAAGAACAACAGAGAUCGGCAAACAAGGGAUGCUACCACCCAGAAGUACGCCAGCCGCAACUGUGUGUAACAGCCGUCAUGCAUGUCUCGAUGCAUGUACGUAAUGAGUAUACCUGAACUGAUGUGCCUUUGACAGCGGAAAUGGUCAUAUGAAAAAUAAAGUGCAUAAAUUGA